AUGGCAUCAGAAUACGAUGAUCAACUCGGUUGUUUACGUGAAAUCUUUUCAAGAUUCGACAUGGACAACGACGGUAGCUUAACGAUUCUAGAACUUGCCGCGCUCUUGCGUUCUCUAGGGAUCAAUCCCAUGGGGAACCAGAUCCACUUGUUGUGGACAAACAUGGAUGUUAACGGCAACGGCUAUGUCGAAUUUGAUGAGUUAGCUUCAGCAAUCUUGCCAGAUCUGAAGAACGAAGACGAAGAUUAUUUGUUAAGAGAUCAUCAUGCAUUGCUCCUAACUGUCUUCAAUUCAUUUGAUCAUGACAGCGAUGGAUACAUAUCGGCGCUGGAGCUGGCGACGGCGAUGGCAAAGAUAGGGCAGCCACUCACGUAUGGGGAGCUCAGGGAGAUGAUCACGGCGGCCAGAGACGACGGAGACGGUGCCAUUUGUUUCAAUGAAUUUGCUUCUGUUAUGAUUAGGUCAAAAUCUGGAUUGUUGGGUCUUGCAUUGUUGUUGUCCGGAGACGAGUAA